UGUAAGGGAAUAAGGACGAGGGUUGAGGGAAAAUAACGGCUAGCCGUCAGGCGAGACGACGAAGUAGGAGGAGAACGACGACGAUGAUGCCGUCGAGAGUUUUUGAGAAGCAUUGGAUGGUUACUUUAUUUUGGAAACGGUUAAAUAAUGUAUCUAAUAAUAAUGAUAACUGCUGUAGCCUGCGAGUGGGGACGGUCGAACAGAGCUAAGUAAAUAUUAUUGUACUAUAGUACAAUACGCGUUCGUUUACACUUUACAUCACGUUGCGAUCAUAUUCGUGCCCACGAGUUCGUACGCUGUUGGAUGUAUCGUUCAACGAUUACGAUGAUGAUAAAAUUGUAUAAAUAUUGUUUUUGUCGCGUUCGGUUCCCAGUCGAUAAUAAGUAGCCCGUAUAGCACCCGCCUAUUACAACAGUGUUAUUUUUCCUCCCCGAUGUGUAAUGGUUUAGCUUUUGCGGUAUUUCACGCGUACGAUCGUUUGUAUCUAAAAUCGUGAACUUCGUGCGCCGCUCGGGCUGGAAGACCCGGAACAUAAUAUAAUAAUAUCAGAAAAGGAUCUUUGUUUUUUAUACACCAUGUUGAGGAUAACGAGACGCCGGUACAACUUGCGUCGGACUGUUGGUCUGGGCGAGGACGUUGUCCGCAAACACGAGUCAUCGAUACCGUACAACCGUCUGAGAGUCGGAGUGCCCAAGGAGACUUGGCCGAACGAAAAAAGGGUGGCCUUGGUGCCCGGAUCGGUGGAAUUGCUUAGCAAGAACGGGAUGAACGUGACCGUGGAAAGCGAAGCGGGAGCCGGCGCCAAAUUUCGGGACAGCGACUACGAAAUGGCGGGUGCCGAUAUAACAUCCAAACAACAAGUAUUCCACUCGGAUGUAAUAUUAAAAGUCAGGCAACCAGUACUCAACGAAAUACCUUUGUUCAGAGAUGGUUCGACCUUGAUAUCAUUAUUGUAUCCCGGCAAAAACCAAGAAAUAAUCAAAGAGCUGGCGAAAAAGAAAAUGAAUGUUUUCGCUAUGGACUGUAUACCCAGAAUAUCGAGAGCACAAGUAUUUGACGCGCUCAGUUCCAUGUCGAAUGUCGCCGGUUACAGGGCGGUUAUCGAGGCGGCAAAUCACUAUCCGAGAUUUUUAGCCGGUCAAAUAACCGCUGCUGGUAAAUUACCGCCAGCCAAAGUAUUCGUGAUCGGAGGAGGCGUAGCCGGUCUGGCAGCGAUCGCUCAAGCAAAAAACAUGGGAGCUAUCGUCAGGGGUUUCGACACGCGGUCAGUGGUCAAGGAACAAGUGGAAUCGUUAGGAGCACAGUUUUUGACAGUAUCCGUCAAGGAAGAAGGAUCUACCGCCGGAGGUUACAGCAAAGAAAUGUCUAAAGAGUUCAUCGAGGCCGAGAUGGAGUUAUUCGCCAAGCAACUCAAAGAAGUGGACAUAGUAAUAUCGACGGCCCUGAUCCCUGGGAAACCAGCUCCGAAAUUAAUAUUAAAAGAACACAUUGAAGGAAUGAAACCUGGUAGCGUGGUAGUAGAUCUAGCUGCAGAGGCGGGCGGUAAUAUCGAGACAACGCACAUUGGAGAGGUUUACACGUACAAUGACGUGGUUCACAUAGGUCUGACUGAUCUACCAUCGAAAUUACCGUCUCAAAGCUCGUCCUUGUACUCGAACAAUAUAUCUAAGUUUCUUUUGUCUUUGGGAAGCGAUAAACAGUUUUCGAUCAACUUAGAUGACGAAGUGGUCAGAGGAAGUAUCGUGCUGAGACAAGGACAACUUUUAUGGCCGCCUCCACCACCUAAAGUUGAACCUCUCAAAGAAAAACCAGUUGCUGCCAAAGAGAUUCAAGUGGUGUCCGAGAAUCACCUUCAAAAGCAUUUAAAAGAUUCGUUGGCUGUAACUACAGGCCUUGGAGGUCUUUUGGCAAUGGGAGCCAUUUCACCUAACCAUCACUUUUCCAUGAUGGCUUCGACAUUCUCUUUGGCUGGUAUUGCCGGUUACUAUACAGUGUGGGGUGUAACGCCUGCAUUGCAUUCGCCACUAAUGUCUGUAACAAAUGCCAUAUCUGGGAUCACGGCAGUUGGUGGCUUGUUGCUGAUGGGUGGGACGUAUUACCCUACAAACGCUGUGGAAGGCUUAGCGGCUUCUGCAGCACUUUUAUCGUUCGUCAACGUAUUUGGUGGAUUUGUGGUUACUCAACGUAUGUUAGAAAUGUUCAAAAGGCCUGGAGACCCCCCGGAAUAUAAUUCGUUGUACUUAAUACCUGCUUCUGUAUUUCUGGGCGGAUAUACUUGGGGAGUUAUGAACGGACUUCCUGAAAUUCAUAAUUUUGCUUCAUUGGGAUCAUCACUGUGCUGUAUUGCGGCUCUCGCUGCACUGAGUUCACAGAAAACAGCACGAUUUGGUAAUAACCUGGGAAUGAUAGGUGUUGGUGGAGGCAUUGCAUCAACACUAGGUUAUAUAGCACCAUCAACCGAAAUUCUUGCUCAGAUGAUAGCUUGUACAGCGAUAGGAGGAGCACUAGGUUCCGUAGUUGCCAAGCGUAUUCAAAUAACUGAUUUACCACAACUUGUUGCUGGAUUCCACAGCCUGGUUGGUUUAGCUGCUGUGUUUACUUGCAUGGCGACUUUCCUUCAUGAUUUCCCUACUUUUGCCACCGAUCCUACGGCUAACGUUAUAAAAACAUCAUUGUUUUUGGGGUCAUCAAUAGGUGGUAUCACAUUUAGUGGAUCACUAAUAGCCUAUGGAAAGUUACAGGGAAUUUUAAACUCGGCGCCGUUGUUGCUUCCUGGAAGACACGCUAUAAAUGCCAGUCUCUUGGCUGGAAAUGUAGCUUCCAUGGCAUACUUUUUCUAUGAACCCACACUGUUUGCAGGAAUAACCUCGUUGUCAUCUGCCACUGCUCUUUCAGCUGCUCUUGGCUUGUCACUAACAUCAUCGAUUGGUGGCGCUGAUAUGCCUGUAGUUAUUACCGUAUUAAACAGCUAUUCAGGAUGGGCAUUAUGUGCAGAAGGAUUUAUGUUGAAUAAUAAUUUGAUGACUGUUGUCGGUGCACUGAUUGGAUCGUCUGGUGCUAUUUUGUCAUAUAUCAUGUGUAAAGCAAUGAAUCGAUCCUUAACGAAUGUGAUACUUGGUGGUUUUGGUACUAAACCUUCAAAAACGAAUAGUGAAGGCGCUAUUGCAGGAACGCACACGGAAACUACUGUUGAUCAAGUUGCUGAUCUUAUGGUAAAUUCCAAAAACAUAAUAAUUACUCCAGGUUAUGGACUGUGUGUAGCUAAAGCACAGUAUCCACUAGCCGAAUUAGUUUCAUUGUUAAAGAAAAAUGGCAAAACUGUACGAUUUGGAAUUCAUCCUGUAGCCGGUCGUAUGCCUGGUCAAUUGAAUGUACUGUUGGCCGAAGCUGGAAUACCUUACGAAGACAUGCUGGAAAUGGAUGAAAUAAAUGAAGAUUUUUCAAAAACUGACUUGGUACUAGUAGUAGGGGCCAACGACAUUGUAAAUUCUGGCGCUGAAGACGAUCCCGAAUCUGUUAUUGCCGGUAUGCCAGUUUUAAAAGUUUGGAACGCUAAUCAGGUCGUUGUAAUGAAGCGAUCCCUUGGUUAUGGUUAUGCUGCUGUAGAAAACCCAAUAUUCUACAAACCCAACACUAAUAUGUUGUUGGGUGACGCUAAAACGACGUGCGAUCAACUGCUAGCCAAAAUCAAAGAGAGUCAAUAAAAUCUAUGGUUUACCAAACUUUCACCUAAUCUGUGAUUACCAAAUAGUAGUAAUCUAGUAAAUAGUAAUGUUAAGUAGAAAAUGUGUAUAUUAAUAUAUUUUAAUAUCAUUAGUAAAAUAUGUGUAUUAUUGUGAAAUAAUUUUUUUAUAUAAAUAUUUUUAUUAUCGGUUAAAGUUUUUUUUUUCGUACUGUACUAAAACUUACAUUAUUUUGAUAUUAGUAAUUCAUUUUUGUAUUAUGGUAGUAUUUUUGUUUAUUAUAUUUUAACUUCGAAAGACUUAUUAAUUAUAAGCAAUAAAUUUUGUAUUUAAUUUUAUUAAUUUAUUGACAUUAUUUAUUAUAUGAUAGGAAUAACUAUAAAAUUAAACAUAAAUAACUAUUUUUAUAUUU